UUUCUCUUAAGCCACUAAGUGCUCAGCUAUAAAACACCAUUCACUGCUUCAGGCCCUCUCUCUGACAUCCACCAAAAUAUUCAAGCCACAUGGAGGAAGAAGAAAUCAAGGAACUUCAUACUCUAUCUCAGGCAAACCCACUUCAGAACCUUCUUCCCUUCUGUUCUUCACAAGAAACACAUCCCACAGCAACUCACCUAAACAUGCAACCAGAUGAAGUCUCUGGAACCCUUAGUCUGCCACAUGAAUACUCAGCUCAAAAUCCUGAUACCAGCACAAAAUUUGCCAACAGGUUGUUACUAAAUUCUCAAUUCCAUGUUCCAUUCCAUAUAUUAUCCCCAAACAUGUCAUGUCUCAGUACUGAAGAAGAAGGAAGAGAGUAUCAGCUAAGCAUUGACAAAGACAAGAGGCUUAGAAGAAUUAUAUCCAACAGAGAAUCUGCAAGAAGAUCAAGGUUGCGCAAGAAAAAACAAAUUGAAGAGCUCCAGUCACAGGUCCAUCAGCUUCAGACCAUCAACCAUCAGUUAGGACAAGAGCUUAUCCAUCUGCUGGAGAACAACCACAGGAUCCUACAAGAGAAUGCUCAACUCAAGGAGAAUGUUUCCACUCUGCACCUGGUACUUGCUGAUAUGUUUUCAACUCUGAAUAAUCUGGAAGAUAUCACUGGCAACAGCAACCAGCAACUUAGGGCUGAAGCUACAAAUCAAUCUACCCUAAGCUAGUUUCAUGAAUUUCCAGGCUGGUCUUAUGCAUUUAUAUGGCUUUGAUGACAGAGAGGAAACAAGAACAGAGUUGUCAGAAAAAUGAGGAUAUAAAAGCAUGGAAACUAGGGUGUAUGAGUUCUGGUGCAGGUACAAAUCUGUAAUUCAUAAUUCAGUAACAACAUGUAAAGUGAGAAGGGAGUUGUGAAAACAUUAACCACAGAAUGAUUUAAGAGUGCAGAUUAUCUAUAAGAGUAUUGAUAUUUGCCUCUACAUUCAACUAAGUUAAAUUUGUUUACCGAGUUUCCUGAUAGUACUGUUUGGUUAAUAAAUCAUAUACUGUAGC